AUGGCUGCCUCUCUCAUCUAAACCUCUGCCUAAAGGAUUAAAUGAGUAUGAUAUAGGCAGCAGAAAUAACAGUGCCACUUCAAGACAACAAGGAUGGGCGCAAGAGAGUAGUUUGUGCAGCGCUGUUAUAACCAUGUUGGAGCUGCCAGAGAAAGAAAACGCAUGCGAUCCGAAAUUAACCCUUUCCAGUUCAACAUCCACUGACAAAUAAGAAAAUGAUGCAUCAAGUGACCAGCAGCAGCAGUGACUAUUGUAUGAGUGGGCUGGCAGAGGACUGUCACCCAGUCAGCCACUUUGAUUUAUGUAGCACACAAUCCAACAAAUUCUACUCCUCUGCCACAACCUCUGGUCUGCAGCUGUCCCUUGCAGGCCUGGCACCUUUACCACAGGGCAUGCACAAAGCCAUGGCUUGUCAGAUGCAAGACAACCAGACUGACUUCCAGAUUCAAACAGUGAGGAUUGGUGAGCAUGUGGUGCCUGAUAGCUCUAAGAAGAAGAAGGGCAUGGUGAAGUCUGGGCGGAGAGGGAGGCCAUCAGGCACCACUAAGUUAGCUGGUUACCGCACAAGUACUGGGCGCCCACUUGGGACAACUAGAGCUGCUGGGUUCAAAACCAGCCCAGGGAGGCCCCUUGGUACCACCAAAGCAGCAGGAUAUAAGGUCAGCCCUGGCAGGCCCCCCGGCAGCAUCAAGAGUCUAGCUCGGCUGAAGAAGCUGGAGUUCGACUGUGACACCGCCAAGAAACUUGACUUUAACAACAUCAGUGUUCCCAAGAAAUUGGACUUCACUAGCUGUGAGGUUCCAUCUUUUCCAUAUGCCAUGAUGGAGAAAAGACCCCUCUGUGAGCCCAGUGACAAAGUGGAUGAAACCAGUGAAUAGCUGGAUAAACAUUUAGUGCAUGAGAAGCAGGAUGUCAAGGAAACUAAGUGUCUUUGUGUCUUGACUCUGAUUAAAUUUCAAAUGUACAGUGUUCAACAUGGUCCACAUGUUCUCAUAAUAACUGACUGAAUUAGAAGUAUGUUAUUCCAGCGUGGAAGAAAUGCAUGCAUAGUAAAUACUAACAGAUCAGUGUAAGCAAAAAAAUGUAUUUAGCCAUUUUAAACAUUACCAGAGACUGGAUUUUUCCCUCUUAUAUUUCUUCUUCUGAUUCAUUGUUCUCUCAUUCACUUUAUAUUUCUGUGCUCUGUUUCUUGUGAUAUUUACUACAUUUAUAAAAGUUGCAUUUUAGUACAAACAGCCAGCACACUCAUUUUUUUCCCCCUAAACCCAAUGACUAUGUGGAUAAUGUGCUGAUGUCCAAUCUGUGUAGUCGAGUUGUCUUCGUUUUACUUUGUAACCAUCCUACAUUAUUGCAGUAUUUAUUUUGCACUUUGUGAAUGUAGUUUUGCUUGUUUUGUGACGAUAGCAGAUUUGUCCUCCAAAACUCACUUGAUAAGCACUUCCAGGUGUACAUGUAUGUUGUUAUGCUCUUUGUUGUGUUAUAAAAAAAGAAAAAGUUUUUUGUGAAAUAUGUAAUAAAUGCUAAUGUGUUGUAUGUGAUAAAUAAAAA